CCACACAGGAAGGUCACACCAUCCCUCACCAUCAUCAGAGUGGAAAUCUCGGAGAUUAUAAUAUUGUUGUUAAAGAAGAGUUAAAUGAUGAUGAAGAAUAUGGUUCUAUCGAUGAGUUUUCAGGAGGACACAAGGAUGUCAUAAAGGAGUCACUUAGAAACACAAAACCAGCAGAGAAAUGUCCCAGUCCUCUGUAUUCCUCACGGGAAGAUCACACCAUCUUUUACCAUGAUCAGGAUGAUGAAGAGCUGAAAUACCUAAAAGUUGAGGUUAAGGAGGAAGAAGAAGAGAGGUUGGUGAGUGGAGAUCAGCAGUCUAUGGAGGAGGAGGAGAUGAUAGUGAAAAGAAAACAGGAGGAAUCUUCUCUAUAUAUAGACACAAAUGGAAACUAUGCCCGAAAUUCCUCUGGACUUUUAUCUCCCGAUUAUAAUGGAGAAACAAAAGGUAACAGACAGCAUCCUCCAGAAGUAAAUCGAAGUAAAGUACCUCACAGACCUCGCCCUUUGGAAAGAUCAAUGAAAUCCUCUAAUCCUGAGGAAUCUUCUGAUAAAUCACAUACUGUUAAACCAGAUAAACACCAUAAAAAUACAUCAAAAGAUCCAUCUAAUUCCAAGGAAUCUUCUUCAAGCCAAGAAAGCGUUCAUGCGGGAGAGAGUUCAUUGUCCUGUUCAGUGUGUGGGAAAUCAUUCGCCGAAAACAAAUCACUUCUUCGACAUGAGAGAAAUCACAAGAGUGGGCGUCGCUUUUCAUGUUCAGAGUGCGGGAAAUGUUUCAUUCAGAAAGGACACUUUCUUACGCACCAGAGAAGUCACACGGGCGAGCGCCCGUUCUCCUGUUCCGAGUGCGGGAAAUGUUUCAUCGAGAAAGGCAAACUUCUUAUACACCAGAGAACCCACACAGGAGAGCGCCCUUACUCAUGUUCAGAGUGUGGGAAAUCUUUCAGUGAGAAAAAAACACUUCUCACGCACCAGAGAAGUCACACGGGCGAGCGUCCUUAUUCGUGUCCUGAGUGCGGGAAAUGUUUUAUUCAGACAACCGACCUUCGUAAACACCAGAGAAGUCACACAGGCGAACGUCCUUAUUCCUGCACAGAAUGUGGGAAAAGUUUCAUUCUGAAAGGAGACCUUCGCAAACACAAAAGAAGUCACACGGGCGAGCGCCCUUACUCAUGUUCUGUGUGCGGGAAAAGUUUCACUCUUAGAAAUGCACUGGUUAGACACCAGAAAAUUCAUACGGGUGAGCGUCCUUACUCGUGUUCAGAUUGUGCUAAAUCUUUUAUUCAGAGGGGAGAUCUCGUUAAACACCAGAGAAUUCACACCGGGGAGCAGCCUUUCUCAUGUUCAGAGUGCGGGAAAGGUUUCACAGAGAAAGCAAAGCUUCUGAAGCACCAGAAAAUUCAUACAAGCUAGCGUCCUUUGUCAUUUUCAGGGUGCGGGAAAUGUUUUACAGGGAAAAGUGGCUGUCCAUUUGCAGAUGAGUCAUCAGCUGUCAGCUAAAUGUAACAAAAACAAUUACCGGCGUAAAAAGAAAAAUCAUAGAUACGGCAUGGGUGACUCCACCCUAGAUCUAUACCAGGCUCUUUGGUACUGGUAUUAAUUGUGGGGGGGGGGCUAUUUUAUUUUUACAUUUAGGAGUGUGGGUUCUCUUCAAAAUCCAUACCAGACCCGAAGGGCCGGCAUUAAAAGAAAAACAGAAAAAAUGGCAUAGGCUCCCCCAAUUCUUACCAGACCCAAAGGGCUGGCAUUAAAAAAAAAAUGGCGUAGGGUCUCCCCCCAAUCCAUACCAGACCCAA